AGACAUUUGUAUUAUUUCUUAGGAAGAUGAACAGAUUGUUAACUUUGUAGAAGAAGAAGCGCGCGUGUAACUUGAAAAUAAAGUUUUAGAACUUUGUAGAACUUGAGCUCAGUCCUUUGAGUUAUUUCUCAGGAAAAAAGGACUCAAGUUUGACAGGACUACACUACAUCUGAGCCACAGGGGCUGCUGUUGUGCACCUCAGGGAAUAAGGUGGAGAUGGAGGAUUUCUGGGCAUUGGUGCUUUGGGUGCUGUACGUCUGGCUGUACCUCAUUAUCAGCCUCAUCAUGAUCCCAGCCAUGUUUGGCUUCUCACUGGGCAUCUCCGAGACCUACAUGACCAUCCUUGUCAAAACCUUAGAGUGGGCCACUCUGAAGAUACAGAAGGCAAAUGCAGAAGAACAAACACUCAAAGCCUCUGCAUCUAAUGGUCUCAUCCAGAGGGAAGAUGGCUCUAUGGAAAAAGAGUUAGAGGAACUUAGACGCAGUCGCCCCAAACCACCCGUGGGCGGUGAUUUUACACUUUGUGACUGUUUCUAUUUCACCCGGAGAGGAAUUGAGAGCAUUGUAGAGGAUGAGGUGACACAGCGGUUCACGUCCGAGGAGCUGGUGUCCUGGAACCUACUGACUCGCACCAACAAUGAUUUCCAGCACAUCAGUCUGAAGCUGACUCUUGUCUAUGGCCUCGGCAUCCUUGUGAGAUACUGCAUCCUCGCCCCUCUCAGGAUAACACUGGCGUGCAUUGGCCUCAGCUGGUUGGUCAUAGGAACGUCUGCAGUCGGAUUACUUCCAAAUUGGAGGAUUAAGUUGUGGCUCAGUGAAUGGGUCCAUGUAAUGUGCUAUAGGAUCUGUGCUCGAGGACUCUCUGCCGCCAUCCUCUAUCACAAUCGGGAAAAUAAACCCAAAAAAGGAGGAAUCUGUGUCGCCAAUCACACCUCUCCUAUCGACAUUGUGAUUCUCUGCAAUGAUGGGUGUUAUGCAAUGGUGGGUCAGGUACAUGGAGGUUUGAUGGGAGUUGUCCAGAGAGCAAUGGAGAGGUCCUGUCCUCAUGUCUGGUUUGAGAGAGCAGAGAUGAAAGAUCGCCACCUAGUGACCAAAAGGUUGAAGGAUCAUGUGAAUGACAAGACAAAGCUUCCCAUAUUGAUAUUUCCCGAAGGAACCUGUAUCAACAACACAUCUGUCAUGAUGUUUAAAAAGGGAAGUUUUGAAAUUGGAGCAACGAUAUACCCAGUAGCCAUUAAGUAUGACCCAAAGUUCGGAGAUGCUUUCUGGAACAGUUCCAAGUACAGCAUGGUCAGUUACCUGCUGAGGAUGAUGACCAGCUGGGCCCUGGUCUGCAAUGUCUGGUAUCUACCAGCUAUGCACCAACAGGAGGGGGAAGACGCUGUCCAGUUUGCCAACAGAGUUAAGUCAGCCAUCGCUCACCAGGGAGGGCUGGUAGAUCUACAGUGGGAUGGAGGCCUGAAGAGAGCAAAGGUGAAGGAGUCCUUUAAAGAGCAGCAGCAGAAGCAGUACAGCAACAUGGUGGUGGGAGAAGACAGCAGCAGCAACAGUGACUGAGAUCCCGGCCAUGUUUUUGGGGAAUAUGCACUGGAAACAGGCCUCUCUCCUCUAGUAUAAUCUCAUUAGCCAGAACUGAUGGGGGAAUACUGCCAAGUGGACUUAAACACACUGUGAAGCCUUAGGUACAGCUAAAAGGUGGAGAGUCUAGGUGAUUCACAGAAAACACAAAUGCAGUAUUGAACUUUAUGAGAAACAGAUGUGCUGAAAAGGGAAAUCUCUCUCUGUUUUUACUGCUGCUGAAGAUACUGUAGCUACAGUUGUGAUUGAAUGUUAAUGUUGAGAAAAUGCUCUGAAUGAAGUAUGUGAUUUCAGACAAGCUACAGGUUAAAAAAACUCUUUCAGUCAGUCGACUCAUUCAUUGUUAUUUAAAAUAAAUUUCAGUUUACACUUUCAA